AUGUUGGUGCUCCCAAGCAUUUUACAAGUGCAGUGUGGCCAUGGGGGUGUGGCAGGAACUGACUGGGAACUGACAGGCACUGACAGGUGCAGGCAGGUCCUGGGCAGGUGGAAAGGGCCAACCUGUGGCCAACGUGCGCCAGAGCGCUUCCAAGAGAGUAUUAUGUGCGUGCGCCAUCAAGCCGCAGUCAGCUGGUUGUGUUACAACGAACUCACUUGUUUCAGUGAAGUCCAAAUUGCUCGUGUUUUCAAAUUAACAAAAAAAGUUGGAAGAACUUCUAAGAUGUAGGAAAUGUACUUCCAUUUACACAAACCUCUGAAGAUGGUUUAAUAAAGUGUUUAAGUUUGUGACUACGCAUUGCAAAAAUAAAUUUAACCUGAUACUUCCUGCAAUGCAAAAUUCUUUAUCAGUACCCGUAAUAUCUGUCAAAUAAAACAUCUGUCUGGAUAAUAGAUGGCAACGAGCAUGGAUCCCAGUGGAAUUAA